AUUAGAACCCAAGACCUCUGACUCCCAAGCCCGGGCUCUUUCCACUAAGCCACGCUCCAAAGUAGAACUGGACAUUGCAUUCUCAAGACUCUGGCCAACCCGGAAGGACGAAGCUUCGGACUUUGCAAGGACUGAGCUUGCCCUAAAAGAAAUCAUGUCCUCAGGAGGAGCCGAGGAUGAUAUCCCUCAGGGAGAGAGGAAAACGGUCACAGAUUUUUGUUACCUUCUGGACAAAUCUAAGCAGCUCUUCAAUGGGUUAAGGGAUUUACCACAGUAUGGACAAAAGCAAUGGCAGUCUUAUUUUGGGCGGACCUUUGAUGUUUACACCAAACUCUGGAAGUUUCAGCAGCAACAUCGUCAAGUUUUGGACAAUCGGUAUGGCUUGAAGCGGUGGCAAAUAGGAGAAAUUGCCUCUAAGAUUGGGCAGCUGUACUACCACUAUUACCUCCGCACAUCUGAAACCAGCUAUCUGAAUGAGGCCUUUUCCUUCUAUUCCGCAAUCAGACAGAGAUCUUAUUACUCUCAAGUCAGUAAAGAAGACAGGCCUGAGCUGGUGGUUAAGAAGUUACGUUACUACGCAAGGUUUAUAGUGGUUUGUCUUCUUCUCAACAAAAUGGAUGUCGUGAAGGAUCUGGUAAAGGAAUUGUCAGAAGAAAUUGAAGACUACACCCACCGCUUUAAUACUGAGGAUCAAGUGGAGUGGAACCUGGUACUUCAAGAAGUGGCUGCUUUUAUUGAGGCAGAUCCUGUCAUGGUUUUAAAUGACGACAAUACCAUCGUUAUCACCUCUAACCGUCUUGCUGAAGCAGGGGCCCCUCUGCUGGAACAAGGGAUGAUUGUGGGACAGUUGACUCUGGCCGACGCACUCCUCAUUGGUAACUGCAAUAAUCAGGUGAAGUUCAGCGAACUGACCGUCGACAUGUUCCGAAUGUUACAAGCCCUGGAAAGGGAACCGAUGAACUUGGCUUCACAGAUGAACAAGCCGGGAAUGCAGGAAUCAGCUGAUAAACCUGCCCGGCGAGAGAACCCCCACAAAUACCUCCUAUAUAAACCGACUUUCAGCCAACUGUACACGUUCUUAGCAGCAUCUUUUAAGGAGCUGCCAGCCAACAGUGUUCUUCUGAUUUACCUGUCAGCUACUGGUGUAUUUCCAACAGGUCGUUCUGAUAGUGAAGGUCCGUAUGACUUUGGAGGCGUCCUCACCAAUAGCAACCGGGAUAUUAUAAAUGGGGAUGCCCUCCACAAAAGGAAUCAGUCCCAUAAGGAAAUGCAUUGCCUACAUCCUGGAGACCUUUAUCCUUUCACAAGAAAGCCCCUAUUUAUCAUUGUGGAUUCAUCAAACAGCAUUGCCUAUAAGAAUUUCACAAACUUGUUUGGUCAACCACUGGUCUGCUUGCUAUCUCCAACAGCAUAUCCAAAAGCAUUGCAAGAUCAAUCGCAGCGCGGCAGCCUCUUCACCCUGUUUCUGAACAACCCUCUUAUGGCCUUCCUGUUCGUCUCUGGAUUGUCCAGCAUGCGCAGAGGCUUAUGGGAAAAGUGUCAAGAGUACCUUCGGAAAAUCAACCGGGAUAUUGCCCAGCUGCUGACCCACUCACGCUCAAUAGAUCAGGCAUUUCUCCAGUUUUUUGGGGAUGAAUUCCUCCGCCUGCUACUCAUCCGGUUUAUCUUCUGUUCAGCCGCCAUGAGGAUGCAUAAGAUUUUCCGGCAGGAAACACGAAAUUAUCCAGAGUCGUACCCCCAACUGCCGAGAGAUGAAAUAGUGGAAAACCCUCACCUCCAGAAGCAUAUUUUAGAGCUAGCAUCCAUCCUGGAUGUUCGAAACGUGUUCCUUGAAAACACUAUAGAUGACUAUUAAUUGAACUUUCUUGUUAAAACUCUGUUUCAUUAGCCACAGAUUUUGAAUGGUGCCGUUUUCUAAUGUGAAAAUACACAGUAGAAGUUACUUGAUUUUUAUUUGUAAAUCUAGGACCAUCAUUUUAAAAAUAACUCGUGGCAGUGCUGUUGUAACCUGUAAAGUAACUGUUUUAUAAACAAUGCUCUUCAGCCCUUUUAAACGUUAGGUUAAAAUAAUCCUGGGAAUUUUAUUACGGCAUGUUGGGUGGAAGUCAAGCCCAUCUCCUGCAACUGAUCCUAAACUUAAACAAAUAAUCAGUGACCACCUUCUCCCUAAUGAGGGUAAAUCAUUUAUUUUUAUACGGUGAAUCCGACAGUAAUGCUUUCCCUGAGUAUUUGGAAAAAUCUUCAGUUGUUGGCAGGGAUGGAGUCACCCAGCACAGACCAAUGCUAGGAGUAAAAGGACAAAGCCUUUUUACCAGUUACUUAGAUGUGUCCAAGGCUGAUUCGGCAUACAGUGAGUUAUGUGCCAAGGGUUAGUGGAGAGGGUAUCCCCAGAAACCCAGUGUCCACUUUGAAUUAUUCACUCUCUCCAAACACCAUCAGCUUUUCAGAACUUUUGGAGAAUAAUUUGCCGAUGAAAGCAAUAUAUUUUCUUGGGAGCUGAAGGCAGCGCAUGCUAAAGUUCUGGACUUUGCGUGUCUUGAUUUGUAAAAUCGUGUGUGUGAGUCUUGUUUUGUGCCCGUUCGUAGUCGUAGAAAGUCGAUCGAGAACCACAGCCUUGAAAUAGUUCAGUCCAAAGGGCAGGGCUUUAUGAUGCCAUCACUGCUGCGAGCAAGCGUGCAUUUAAACUGAGAUUAGUAAGUAUAAGUGUGUAGGCUGGAUGGGUUCGUCAGUGGAAUAGAUCUUCUGCUCCCUGGAUGCACCUAGAAGACAGUAAAGAGUCUUCUUCAUCCCUGUUCUUCUCCCCAAAUUCCCUAUACUUUCAGAGCCAAAGCUGUCUUUAGAUUUGGGGUGGGUGGAAAAUGGGUGGUGGCAUAUUUGAAAGUCCUCUAGCGCGAAGCCUAUGUAAGUGAUUUUCAGAUACAAAGGAAACCUGCUAAAAAUCCUUUUCCCAGUGUAGACUUUCUGUGUGAAUCGGGAUGGAGAUACAUGUACAUUUCUUUUGCGGGAAAGGGAUUUUAAAUAAUGGGUAACCGAGGGAUUUUUCUCUGCUUGGGCCCCCCUCUGUACUGCAGCCAUCCUUUUUGUGUUUAACUGCUGGACCAACCAUAGGUCAAGCUUGUGCCUCCAUUUGCAGCUAUUUUAGUGUUAGUGUCUGGCUUUGACAGUGCUGGAAGAUAGAAAUCCAUUCUCUGGAUGCCCUUUUACAUUAUUUUUGGAAGGGGUCCACAUUCCAGCUUCUGCAGCCCGGGAGGAAACCAGCCUGGUGACUCUUUUGGUUCCCUUUCCUCGUGUGUCGUUUAAAGGGGAAUUUUUAAAACUUUAGCGUGACUUUAAAUCUUGGCUGUAGGUGAGGUUUGGUUUAUGCAGUUGGUGGUUUUGAAUUAUUCAAGUACAUUCACCAACAUUCUCUCUUCUAAAAUGUUGGUGGAUUUGCUAAGCAUUCCUUUAAACUUUGGCGUUUAAACUUUUAAACACACUGGCCAGAGUUGGUCUGGAAAUGCAUUUCAGUUCUUGCCGGAGGAAGGAGGGGGACUGAUUUUUGCCUCCCUGCAAAUGCGGUGGCCACUGAGCUCUCACCGUGCCUGCGUGAAAGAGUUGUGCCGGCACUGAAAUCCCUGUGUUUUCUCUGGGAGGAGUCCCAGUAGCCCACGGGGUAUUGGCAGUGUUCACUACACUGCCCUUGCGUGCCCCUCCACUCUAAUGUAAGGUGUAGCCUCUGGGUCACUAGGACGUUGGCUGGGCUGUAGGCUCUGCCCCCCUGCUGCCUCCUGCUUGGGGUGAUUUUCAUGUAGUUUCCAAUCACUCCUGUCACAGAAACAUCAAGAAGUUGAAUGUCAGAAGCGAGGAGUUUGUAGGCAUGGUUGCCCCGGUGCUAGAGACCUGGGAAGAAUCACUAGCAGAAAGAAGCUGGCAUUGUUUCUGAAACUACAGCUUUUUCUGCAGCUUUGCAUAUCCUUCAGAUGACAAGAGGGCAUCUAAUGUGCGUUCCGUAAGGCAUAAAGAGAACCAAAAUGUACUUCUAGUGAUCCCAAAUAUGAUAGUUGUCCCUACUUUGAGGGAUAAGACAGUCUAUUCUCUACAAAACAGAUUUUAAGCACAACCGUCUUGUUUUGUACGAUAUCUGUUUUAAACGUAUAUCAAUUUUUAACUUCAACUGACUGCCAAAACGGUAUUUAUGCUUUAGAACCAAUGAAAUGCUUAUAUAGAUUAAUAGAACUCUUCUGUUCGAUUGCACAGAUUUACUGUUACAGAAUUGAACUAGUGAACCCAGGGAUUCAGCACUAGCAAACUUUGGUUUACUGAAGUGUGGCGGUACACACCUUAGACUAACAGAACUUGAUUUUCUGCUGGGCUAUCAUCCCUUUUCUCAAGGAAGUGGUGCUCGUGAGGACAUGGAUGUGGAAAAAGCACAGCCCAAUAAAGCCCUCCUGGAAAUGCUUGCAGCCUGUAGAUGGAGGGGACAGGGCAGCCCCAAGUCCCGGUGCUCCACCUCAUUUCUUCUUUUGUGUCUGAGUUCUCUGAGACAGAUUGGAUGCAGAUUAUUGUUUUCUUUGUUGAGAUCAAAGGAGAAGCGGAGUGCUAGCCUCUUUACUCGGGGGAAGAUCAGAUUUAGAUCUUGGAAAAGCUAAAUUUGAUGCCUUUUUGAACUAACCUGUCCCAGUAGAUCCUACUCCAUGACAGGCCACGCUACCUAGUGUCCUCUGAGGAUUCUCUGUCCUCUCCGGGAGAUCUUGGAGAGCAGGCUUAAUGCACUGAUAAAAUUGAUUGGAGAACUUGGCCUGUAAUUGCGGGGGAGAAUUGAAGAGUAGAAUUAAGUUACCCUGAGAGAUCUGUCAUCAGGGUUAAUGAUCAGGAUGGAUAGGCAGAGACAUGAUUCUGUAGGACACGGGAUGAGUGUGGAUGCUGCUGCUUUUCAUCCUUUGUUCCUGAACCAUGAUUGGGAAUGUGAUUUCUGUUUCAUAAGACAGGAGUUGAAGAGGAAUCAGCCGAGAGAGGGUGAGAAACCGUGGUACUUUUACAAGAUGAGUGGCACGGGGUGGAGAUGGAAACUAAGGAGAGGGUCAUGCCCAAGGCCCCUUUCAUUGCUUUAAAAGGGAAAGAGGUGAUGCUUUCUCAGUUGCACUGGUUCUUGUCCGCAUUUUCAGACACUCCGGUCCAGAUCACUGAAAGAGGUUGUAGUAUUCCACAGUGGAGCAUAUGUGUGAAUGAUACCUCAGCUUCCCUCUUGGUCGGUGGUGAUAGGUGUGUGUGUGUGGGUGUGAGAGAGAGAGAGGAGAGAGAGAGAAAGGUAAAUGGGGUGUUCUUAAAAGGGACACUGAUUCUUUAGUCACCCUUAUUCUUUUGGGUUCUUUUUAUUUUUUAAGGUGAGUGUGUUUAUCUCUGUGAGGCAUAAUGCAAUCUAAAUGUGUAUGUAGAUACAUGUACAUAACUGUAAAUACAUUGGGGCGAAAUGAUUAAAAUAUGUGAAUAGUUAUAUCUACGAUGCCCAUUGUGGGGUAAAUAUUGAAGUUCUGUGAGGACAUUGUAGUGGCAUCUUUCAUGCUGCUGUAGUUAAAAAGUGUUGGUUUUGUGCCUGUCACUGGCCUCUAUUUUAAGUGGCUCGUGUUUGGGUUUUGUGGGAUAAUUUGGGCUGAAACUGGGACUUGGAGAGCUACACCAGAGAACGUGGACUUUCACAGGUGAAAAGUAUUCCCAUUAAGUCGAUGGUAAAUUUGUGCUGUGGAUUCAGAGAGACUGGGAGGCACGCACAUGGAGAUUAAUCCCCGUGACCCUGAAUCCAGGACACGGGAUGAGAAUGUUGGUGUUUACUCCUUUUCAUCCUUUGCUUCUCUACCCUUCCUCGGACUGUGUUUCAUACUUAAUACGUGAAAAACCUAGUUACUUUCAGAAGCCAUGACGAGUGGCGUGGGGAUAGGAGCGAGGGGAGGGGAAUGCCACAGGCCACUUUCAUUGCUUUACGGGGGGAAGAUUUCAUGCUUCCCCAGUUGCACUGAGAUUAUUGUCCUAAAGCCCAAUGUCGGAUUGAACUCCAGACACUUCCCGUCAUUGCUUUGCCAUCGUUUCCCUCCAUCUCUCUGAAGUCGGUAAAAAAAAGGUCAGUGCCUUUGCUGAGCAUUGGCUGCCACCUCGUCUCCUCCUUAGGGAAAAGUUGAGGGAAGCGUUGUCUAUUGGUGAGCUAGGCACUGGUCAAAAAUAAAAAUAAAUUGCUUUUUAUCCGCUAAACCGCAGGUUUUUUAAUCUGUGUCUGCAGCAGCUAGUGUGUGUCUUUGGCAUUUUCCCCUGCAGACUGUCUGAGGUGGAACUGGGUAUCAAAGGCAGAAAUACUCAACACGGGUUGGGACUUCUGGGGUCUAGAAGAAAAAUGUGAAGUUGUGCCUCUGUAAGACCACUACCCUCCCUAAAGCGGAUGAAACGGAGCGCCACACGAUCAGCUGUUAGAACCGUAGAUCCUGCCCUCUGCCUCACUGGAAUUACUGGGCUUUUAGGAAGGGGACAAAGGUGUAAUAAUCGAUCAUAGUCAUAUUUUGGGGACCUUCACCCAUCCUUGUUGAUGUGAAAUAAUUGGAACACACAGAUUUGAGUCAUUUAGUAGAGGCCACUGUAUCUUUAGGCAGUCUGUUUAGCUGCAUAAAAUUACUGGUGGAAUUUUCAGUGUACAUUGGGCACAAGUGGAAUGCCUUUAUUAUGACACUUAAAGUGAAAACCAGCUACCAGGACGGGCAAAGCUUUUUUCUUACGUUCAAAGACAAUUGGAAAUCAUCUGUGUGAUGAUCUCCAGAGCAUUGAAACAAUUCAAGCGUAGUACAGGACAUUCCGAAAUGAAAUCGUUCAGAUCGGAAGUCAAAUUUCACAUCCAAAAUGUUGCCCUCACCUCUCUGCGGUACUCCUAGCAGAUCAGACAGACUUUUGCUGCAUUUUCUGUUUUUCGAUGGAGUAGGAAUGUUCAUAAAUUUUACCUGAUUGCUUUAAGUGAAUGUUAGAAUGCGCAUGUCCAGUUUCCAUAAAUCAGAUGAAGCACCUAAUCAAGUGUGUGUGUGUGUUCUUAAAACAAAAUCUGUCGUUGCAGUUUGAGACCUAAGAAGCGGAUGAUGUUUCAUUUAGACCUCAUUUGCAGUGGAUCAUCCUAGGUUUCGAAGCCAUUAACUCUAAAAUAUGUCUGACAGAGACUAGUUGUUGAGUUGGUGGUGACGCGUGUUGAGGAAAUAACAGAAUACGGUGGUACCCAGACUUUACAGCAGUUGCCUGGGAAACCAGGUGGGGUUUCUUCAAGAUGACUUCAUGUAUGGUUGUAAACGGGUGCUUUCUACUUGUCAAUUUAGUUACCUCCCAUUCCACCCAGGUACUGCAACCUCCUGGGUCCUCCAGGUGUUGUACGUGUAAUGUUUUUUGUUUUUUUUUUCUAGAAUCAAGUUAAAAAUAUAAAAAUCGAGGUGUCCCUCGGCCCUCUUAACACGGGACAGCUGUAUUAAUACACACCGCUAUUGCAGGAUGCCCUGUGUUUCAUGACUGGCGAGGGCUGUGGAGGAAGGGAAAAGAAGAGUAAAAAGAAGAAUCUUUCUUGUAGGAAAAAAAUGUGUUGUUAAAAUGGGCCUUAUUUCCAGCCUCCUUGAAAUGUGUUUUUUCUUGGAGUCCUGUAUUAAUCUAGAGUACAUUAUUUGUGGCUAGGAUUAUUUGUAAUUGUUUUUUGCCUUUGAAUUGGGUAAAAAUAGUUAUUUAUGGUUAGGGUGGUUAUCCUUUUGUUUUUCACUUCUGAACCGGGUAAAUCCUUGGUACUGAAUUUACCAGAGUGACUCCAUUUGUACUUGAGAAUGUUACCUGAACACUUGACUGAAGAUUCACUCCGGCAUUUUAUAUUUUCUUUGAAACUGAUUGACUCCUUUUCUGGUCAAUGUAAAAAAUUGCAUUGUAAAAAGACAGUUGUUCAUGUAAUUCGUAUUGCUUUUCCUUUGUGAUUGAAACCACAUCCAUAGUUAUUGUUUGUCUCUAUGCCAGAUUGAAUUCUUUGAAUCUGUAUUUGGUGGUAGUACUGUUUUCUGUUUUGAGUCUCUCUAUGUUGCCAACUUGUACUUCCCAAGUGCUUAGUACAGUGCUCUGCACACAGUAAGCGUUCAGUAAAUACGAUUGAUUGAUUGAUUUCCUUUCCUCCUCUCAUCAGACUUUUCAUCCUGCCCAUCUCCUCAGGUAACCAGCUUUGAGGGAGACCAAUUGCUUCUUACAAUAAUGUUGAUUUCAAGAUCCAGAAUCGGCCCUUCCAGAAAGGAGUGAUUUUUUUUUUUUUUUUUUUUUUUUGGUUAGGUCAUUUUGAGUAUUAAAUACAUUUUAGGAUGCUCGGGGAGAAAAAGUCGUAAAGGAGUCCUUCUUUCAGAUCCCCAGUUAAUUUAAUCUGAAAUUUUAAGUGUUUACACUUUGUCAAAAAUACAAAAUGAUAAUAUCGCAAGAUCAUAGAAGACCAACCCAAGCAUUUCAGAAAUGGCCACUUGAUGAGGCAUUAUUUCCUGAGAUUUUUUUUCUCGGGCCCCCAAACUAUACCUGGUUUACGGAAGAAGGAAUGGGAGAGAUGGCAUUGUUCGUUCUUUCGGUGGUAUUUAUUGAGCGCUUACUGGGUACAGAGCGCUGUACUGAGCGUUUGGGAUGUACAAGAUGGCAAUAUAUAGAGACGGUCCCUACCCAACAGUGGGCUCCCAGUCUAGAAAUGGGCUCACAGGUGUUGAUGAUGUGUUUUUCCGGAUUGGAUUUCUCCAAAUCAUCUGGACUUUUCCGAGUGACAGAUUCUGGAGAUUCUCCCCCACCAUUCCAGGAUGCCUCCGCUCCCCCACCGCCCGAGCCAUGGGAUUUGACUUUCAGAAGCAAAUCAGCUUUCCAUCCCAGUUUUUCCUCUCUAGAUGUGCAGGCCUUGGUUAGUAUCAGAAGCAGAGAUAAACUCUUGAUAGGUCCAGGUGGCAAACGAAAGGAGUCUUCAUCUUUGCCCUCACCCUCAGAGUGGUGGUUGUUGUCACUUUUGGUUUAUUUAUUAUUUAAUGAGAAAGCAGAUCCCCUAAAUUGAGGGACGGGGGCAGUAACUCUUACUAUAAAGAUUUAACAAGUUCCACCAUGUCCUUCAUUUUCCAAGACAAUUGUAAUCGGCGAUGCGAUUCCGCCAUUACGCUUCUUUCACAAUUGUCACGAAAGCGUAAAUCCUGGGAGGAAUACCAGUACAGUUGCAUCGGAUCUUUUUUCCACGGCAACGAUUGUGAUCUUUUUUAUAUCCUUCUGUGGUUACUAGACAGAAACAUACUUUUUUAUGUCACCGGUAUUAUUUGGAAAUUAUGCUUUAAUUUUUCUAGUAGCUUGAAAGGAAUUUUUAACCAACCGUGGCAAAUACUUGUCCUACCUGAAACAUUAGUGAAUCGUGACACCGUUUGUAGGGAUUAUUAAGUCGUCUAUCUAUUAGGGGCUCUCCAGAAGAGACUGAAGCACAAGAGUUUUACAUAUAUCUAUCCUGUUCCAAGUGCUGCUCGUCCGUAGCGCGUAUAAUGAAACUGUUGGGUAACAAGCCUAUUUAGCUGUUCGCAAAGUUACCGUAACCUCUGAGGUGUCGUCUCGUUUCCCAUUUGUAUUAACACUUGAGGAUCGGUGGGAGUUUGUUUUUUGGGUAUCUAUUAAGCGCUCACUCCGUGCCAGGCGCUGUUCUAAGCACUUAAUUUGGAAAACGACGAACGAAAACUGGUAACUCGGCCCUUUCAGACGGCUGAGGACGCUGGAUGUGGUCUGGUUUUAUUUUCCGAGGUGCCGUGGGUUAACUUGCAAAGAAAAAUAUCGUUUCCAGUACCUAACAAAAAAAAAAAAUGUUAUAGUCAAUACCAAUCUGUGCACCGGGCAUGACAAUCUGAUGUCUUUUGUGUGUGGUACUACAUAGGCCUUGUCUGUUGAUGUAUCUGAAUUGCUUCAAACUGUUUGUUGAACAUGGGUGUUUGUUUUGUUUCAUCCUGUCUGAUAAAACCUUUCCCAGCUUUGAGUCUGUGGCUAUUGAUACUUCAUAGUCUGCGCAAGUGAUUUGAGCAAGGUUUUGGAAUAUUUCUUUGAGUCUUUUGAGCUGGCUCUUCGGGGUAAGUGAUCCGUCUUUAAAAAAAGCAACCCUUUCGUUCUUCUCACGUAGGAAAUGGAAAGCGCUUUAUCAAACUUCAGAGUGAACACUGUGAUUUGAUUCUGUAUAGGACAAUACAGAGGGACCAUGAUUUUGUGUUUUGUUCUGCUGAACAGUGCCUGCCUAGCACACUGGACCAUUCAGAGACUAAAUGAUAAUGAAACGAAAAACGGUUAGCGUUCGUUGCGUUGCGUUGCGUGACAAGACUAUGAACGGUUUAAUUUUCGCUGUCAGUUGUGUUUUGAAGACAUUUUCGUUUUGGUAAAUGUUCUCUAGGAAUGUGACCACACUCAUCGGUUGUGAACUAUUGUACAUUAAUUUUGUAUCCGGAUUCCACUAGUAAAUUAUGUGUAUUAUCAAUAUGAAAAUAAACAUAUUUGCUUAA